UGUGCUGCAGAAUCCUCAUUUUAAUGAACUGGUUGAUUCAUUUUCAUUCUGCUUGUAAAGCGUUGCUUUGUCGAGGAGGGGGUCGCACAAAGCUUGCGGAUGCUUGGUUUGAAAGGAAAGAAAACGAUGGUGGUAAAUUUGAAACGGCGGUAAAGGAGGAGAGAGCUAUUACCAAUUCUGUGUGCGUGUUUAUUUUGAGGGUAAGAGAAGUUCUGAGGAUUGAUUCUUCAGCUGGAGUAACUGUUCGUAUCUACCACACGAUUGCGUAUUGGAAAACACUGUUGCAAUGUCAUCUCACACUACCAUCCCGGAGCUAUGUGGGAAAGAGAUACUGGGAUGAAGCUGACCAACAUGGGGAAUUUUGGCUUAUUUCUUUUGGUGCUUCCAGCUCUUCUGGCCCAGUACAGCCCGGCUCGUGGAGCGGAGAAGUCCUACCCCGUCCUGAACAUUGCUGUUAUUUUAGGGCGGAACCGUUACAUCACAGAGAGGGACAUCCGGGGCCUGUGGGUCAAGGACAUGUUCCCCGAGGUGACCCUUGACGUCAAUGUGGUCACUGUCCUGGUCAACCAGACCGACCCAAAAAGUAUCAUAACUCACAUCUGUGACCUGAUGUCUGGAACCAAAAUCCAUGGGGUGGUUUUUGGGGACGACACAGACCAGGAAGCGGUUGCUCAGAUUUUGGAUUUUAUUUCGUCCCAGACUUUCAUACCCAUCCUGGGAAUCCACGGGGGGUCCUCCAUGAUCAUGGCAGACAAGGAUCAGAUGUCCACGUUCUUCCAGUUCGGGGCUUCUAUUCAGCAGGAAGCCCUCCUGAUGCUAAACAUCAUGAAGGAAUACGACUGGCACGUGUUCUCUGUAGUGACCAGCAAGUUCCCGGGGUAUCAGGAUUUCCUCAACAUCAUAAAGACCACGGUGGACAACAGCUUCGUAGGGUGGGAUUUACAGAACAUGAUCACUCUGGAUGCCGUGGCCGGGGAUAUGAAGACCCAGAUCCAGCUGAAGAAGAUCCAUUCCAACGUGGUCCUGCUGUACUGCUCGAAGGACGAAGCGAGCUACAUCCUGGAGGAGGCUCGCUCGUUGGGCUUGACAGGAUACGGCUUCGUCUGGAUUGUCCCCAGCUUGAGCACGGGCAACACUGAGAUCACUCCUGACGAGUUCCCGUCCGGGAUGAUUUCGGUUUCGUACGACGACUGGGACUACCCCCUGGAAACCAGGGUGCGGGACGGCCUGGGGAUUAUAACCAGCGCUGCCGCUGCCAUGCUGGAUCAAUACAGCUUCAUUCCGGAGGCGAAGACCAGCUGCUACGGACAACUAGAGCAAAACGAACUGCCUUCCAAUGCCUUGCACAAAUUUAUGAUGAAUGUGACCUGGAAUGGCAGAGACUUGUCCUUCACAGAUGAUGGCUAUCAAGCAAACCCCAAGCUAGUUGUCAUAGUUUUGAACAAGGACAGGGUUUGGGAGAAGGUGGGGCGCUGGGAGAACAGUAGCCUAUCUCUGAAGUACCCCGUGUGGCCCCGGUACAACUCCUUCGGGGACGCAGAGGCCGAUGACAACCACCUGAGCAUCGUCACCUUGGAGGAGGCACCCUUCGUCAUCGUGGAGAACGUGGACGCGCUCACUGGGACCUGCAUGAGGAACUCUGUGCCCUGCCGGAAGCACAUCAAGCAGGACAACACAACGAACGAAGGGACCUACGUUAAGAAAUGCUGCAAAGGAUUCUGCAUCGACAUCCUGAAGAAGAUCGCCAAGGCUGUGAAGUUCACCUAUGACCUUUACUUGGUGAUGAAUGGGAAGCAUGGUAAAAAGAUCAACCAUGUGUGGAAUGGAAUGGUUGGUGAAGUGGUCUACAAGCGUGCUGUCAUGGCUGUGGGGUCUCUCACGAUCAACGAAGAGCGCUCCGAGGUCAUCGACUUUUCAGUCCCCUUUGUUGAAACUGGGAUAAGCGUCAUGGUGCCAAGAAGUAACGGGACGGUUUCCCCAUCUGCUUUUCUAGAACCCUUCAGUGCUUCGGUGUGGGUGAUGAUGUUCGUCAUGCUGCUCAUUGUCACAGCCAUGGCUGUCUUUAUAUUUGAGUACGUCAGUCCCAUGGGCUUCAACAGGAAUCUAGCGCAAGGCAGAGACCCCCACGGCCCAUCGUUCACCAUUGGAAAAGCGAUAUGGCUGCUCUGGGGGCUGGUGUUUAAUAACUCUGUGCCAGUGCAGAACCCCAGAGGAACAGCCAGUAAAAUCAUGGUUUCGGUCUGGGCUUUCUUUGCUGUCAUCUUUCUGGCCAGCUACACUGCUAACCUGGCAGCCUUCAUGAUCCAAGAGGAGUUUGUUGACCAGGUGACUGGGCUCAGUGACAAUAAGUUUCAGAGACCCUAUGACUACUCUCCUCCCUUCCGGUUUGGUACUGUUCCCAAUGGAAGCACCGAAAGGAACAUUCGAAACAACUACCCUGACAUGCACCAGUACAUGGUGAAGUAUCACCAGAGAGGCGUGCAGGAUGCUCUGGUCAGCCUCAAGACAGGAAAGUUGGAUGCAUUCAUAUAUGAUGCGGCUGUUUUAAACUACAUGGCCGGGAGAGACGAGGGCUGUAAGCUGGUUACCAUUGGCAGCGGCUAUGUCUUUGCAACUACGGGCUACGGGAUCGCUCUGCAGAAGGGCUCCUUUUGGAAACGGCAGGUGGAUCUAGCUCUGCUGGCCCUGGUUGGAGACGGUGAGAUGGAGGAGCUGGAGGCCCAAUGGCUGACUGGCAUCUGUCACCAUGAGAAGAACGAAGUGAUGAGCAGCCAGCUGGACAUUGACAACAUGGCCGGGGUCUUCUACAUGCUCGCUGCGGCCAUGACCCUCAGCCUCAUCACCUUCAUCUGGGAGCACCUGUUUUACUGGAAGCUUCGAUUCUGCUUCACGGGAGUCUGCGACGGAACGCCUGGGUUCCUGUUCUCAAUAAGCAGAGGAAUUUGGAGCUGUAUUCAUGGUGUUCAUAUUGAAGAAAAGAAAAAAUCCUCUGACUUGGACUUCAGCAGUCCACAGGCCAACAUGCUGAAGUUAAUUAAGUCAGCCAAAAACAUGACCAACAUGACAAACCUGAGCUCAUCAAGGAUCAAUUCUCCCAAGCAAACCUCUGACUUCACUCACAGAGGGUCCCUGAUGAUGGACAUGGUGGGUGACAAAGGAAACUUCCAUUUCGCUGACAACCGGAGCUACCCUGCAAAAGAGGCUCUCUACCCUGACAACGUGAGCGAACUGCAGUCGUUUAUGGGAAAUCGCCACCAAGACAUCCUAAACAACUACAUCUUUCAGAGCCAGCACCCCCUGACUCUGAACGAGUCCAAUCCCAACACUGUGGAGGUGGCCGUCAGCGCCGAGACCGCCCCAGCCAACCCCAAACCCCGGCAGCUUUGGAAGAAGUCUGUGGAAACGCUGCGGCAAAAUCCGGGGCCCGUGCAAGAGUCCCUCCCGGUCGACCAGAGGCAUUCUAUUAAAAGCCAGCGGUACCUGCCAGAAGAGGCAGCUCAUUCUGAUGUGUCUGAGUGCUCGAGCAGAGCUGUUUCCUACAAGGACCCAGAUAACAACCAGAAGCACCACAAGCCCAAGGACAACUUAAAAAAAAGAUCGAUGACAUCAAAAUACCCUAGGGACUGCAGCGAAGUGGAGCUGUCCUACUUAAAGAAUAAGCAGAGCGGCUCCACACGCGAAAAGAUUUACACCAUAGAUGCUGAAAGGGAGCUGGGUUUGCAUGGAGACCAGCACCUUUAUAGGGAAAAUAGGCUUCCGGAGGACUUAGAGUACCCCUCCGAAUUGUACCAAGAUCACAAUGACAACUACAGGAAACCAGAACCCAUCAUCCAUCUCAACAGCAGCCCCCUUCACCCCCAAGAGAUCAUCCCCAACAACGAAAACAAGUACAGUCUGUACAACAAGCACUACAGCUUGAAAGAAAAAAAUGUGAGCCCUCACGAGACAAACGACAGGUACAAACAGACUCACUGCCGGAGCUGUCUUUCCAAGGUGCCAAAUUACUCGGGACAUUUUGCCGUCAGGUCUCCUUACAACCGCUGCGAGGCCUGCGUGCACAUGGGGAACUUGUAUGACAUCAGAGAAGAUCAAAUGCUGCAGGAAUCACUGAACCCCAUGCUGCAGGAAUCACUGAACCCCAUGCUGCAGGAAUCACUGAAUCCCAUGCUGCAGGAGUCAAUGAACCCCAUGCUGCAGGAAUCACUGAACCCCAUGCUGCAGGACGAAAUGUUUGGCCAGCACUGGCCCCAGACUGAUGGGCCACAGGUACAGAAGAGGAAUAGACUGAGGCUGAGCAGGCAGCAUUCCUUUGACAAUCUCCUGGAGAAACCCAGGGAGAUAGACCUAGGCAGGCCGGCACGGAGCGUGAGCUUGAAGGAGAAGGACAGGCUUCUCGAGGACAGCCCUUAUGCAAACAUGUUUAAUCUCAAACCAGACAAGCUGUUCGACAGCAAGCCCACCUUCUUCAACCACAACCUGGAGGAGAGCAAACGCAGUAAGUCCCUUUAUCCCGAUCACAGCUCAGAGAACCCUUUCCUCCACCCUUUCCAAGAAGACCAGCGCUUCUUCCAUGGCAGAAGCUCUUAUGACAUUUAUAGACAAUCGGCCCCCGCCAGGUUGAGGAAUGACAACAACUUUAGGUCUUCGGUGAAGUCGACAGCCUCGUACUGUUCUCGGGAUGGUCGAAUACCUAAUGACAUGUACAUUUCAGAGCAUGUUAUGCCUUAUGUAGCAAAUAAGACUAGCGCAUACUCCACUCCCAGGGUUCUGAAUUCUUGCAGCAAUAGAUGUGUGUACAAGAAAAUGCCUAGUAUUGAAUCAGAUGUUUAAGUCUUCAUUCAUUCAGUUCUAUAUUAUUCCACCUUAGGAUGCCAUAGUCACCGACAUCUAAAGCAAAAAGUGCCCAAAAAAAAGGCUUGAUGAAUAAAAUAAUAAUAAUGGCUGCAUCAUUGUCUAACUUUCAUAUUCUGCACUUCCAGGUUAUUUUAAUUUAUAAAUAAGUUAACGCCAUCCAGGGCUUGUCAAAGAUUUUGAGUGUUUCCAGUUAUCAAUCUGGUAAGAUGUUUUGGACUUGAAAUAUAUGAAAAGAUAAGAGAAUUUGGGUUUUUUUUUUUUAUUUCGAGCUGCCACAACAGCUCCAUGUCUUCCUAAAACGCUGAACUACCUAAACCAGCAGAUGGACGUUUCUUCCAAGCCAAGGUGGCUUAAAAUAAAUAAAUACCAUCGAAUGGUAGAAGAAGUUUUCCUGGUUAAGAUAUGUCCACUCAAUGUUGGGCUUGUGCAAUGCGAAGUAUGUGAGAAUGGGAGGUGUCAAUCUGCAGCCAGACAGGUUUGGUGUGCAAUAAGUUUUAUAGUUGCCGCUGGCAAUGUAGAAUGAAACAAAGGUUUAAAGUGACUAGGUACAAUGAGAACUCAGCACACCUAUAGAUCAUAACUUUGCUUUUCUUGUAUUAUUCUAGAUGCGUGAUUUUGGCAUUCUAAUUCCUAUUUAAGAUGGUAUAACAUUUAGAAAAAAAAAUUGUAAUAGCACACUUAAAACCAUUUGUUACCAUCUUGUCUCUGUUUUUUUAAAUAAUGGUUUCUAAUAACAAUCAGGAAUAGAUUUUGCAUGUGUUAUUUUGAUAUCAGAAGAAUGUGUUUACAUGAAGAAGAUGGCUAAUGAAAAAACGAAUACCAGUGCAAGCUUGACUUGGCCUGUUGCUUUUUGCUUUCAGUUAAAAACAGCAACAUUGUGAACAGCGACGGUAAACCUCUCCCUUAGAACCACAGUGUAACAGUUCGAUGGCUUGAAUCUGUUUUCCUACCUUACAUGUACCUUCCUACAUUUUUAUCUGGGGAAAAAAGAAAAGCAUUUUAAUGCAACAGAAAGUAACAGCGUCUUGUGUUCACAAUAUAACCCAGACAUCCGUAAUCUCAUUGUGUUGUUAUCAGUACAGUUGGGAGUUGUACAUUUUGCUGAUGUCUGAAGCCUAGUCUUUCAUUACAGAUGCCAGUGAUACAGUAUGUGUUGUCUUUUGAGAUACCUGUCUUUCUUUUAAGCAGUGGAUACACCCAUGCAGGGUUUCAGAUGGUUCUGUUAAUGCAUUAAAAAGCUUUUUUUCUUCUUUAUUUGAUUUAUCAGAGUUGAUGAACCCAGGUCUAAUAAGAUUGACUUUCUGGGUCACCCCCUAGUCCUGCAUGAUCACUUAGACGUAUCAAAAGUAGAGCUCUGGCCAAAAUUUUGCUUCAAAAAGUCGAAUGAAACCCGCAGAAAAUUGUAAUGUUAACAUAGUUAAUUACAUACCGAUUCGUAGUUUUCCAAGUACUUAACGAAAAACUGGCAAGAAUUGAAAAACUUGAAAGGAGGCUGUGUGGUCCAAUG